CUAUAGGGGACCCGGUACCCGCGCCCAAUAUGUCCAAAGAUGCGAGUCCUAGGCGUGAAUUGAGUUCGAGCGCGCUCAAUGACUUUUCCGCGUGUUCUCUCACACAAGACCCAUCCCUCCGUGUGCAUUCAGAUCCCUCGCUCUACAACUGCAUAUCCUUCCAGGCCCUUUUAGGCUGCCACAGGAAAAUUGGCUGGCUGAUACUCGGAUCAGCGCAGCUACUGCUGAAUCCUGUAAAUAGCUAAACCUUUACGAAUGAAGGGAUUUGAGAUGCAGUAUAAUCAACAAUCACCGUGGAUUCCUCAUCACUCCGCAUCCCUCAGCCUGACACCUACUAGCAAUGGACGAGCACCUCCGCCUCGAACCCGCCAUACGACACUACCAGGUUUACAGUUUCAACCCCAACACCCCUUGGCCAAUUCUAGUAAUCCUCCAAGACAUAAUAUUCCUGCGAGUUUGACCCCUGGCCUACGGCCUUUCUCCAGUGAUGCUGGUCUUCAGCAACAACAAACUGCACUUCUGUACAAUUCACCCAGCUCAUUUUUUGCAUCUCCACCACACACGACAUUCUAUGGUGAUUACUUCUAUGAUAGGCAUCAUCCCUCCUCAACGUUACCUCCCGUACCCCAGAAACCAAAGGGAAUUACGGCACCUUUUGUCCACACCAUUCCACGACCACCUAUUCCUCCGAAACCACCAAUGAUAAAUACUGCUUCCUCACAACGCAAUCCGCUCUAUCCGCAGUCCAUUCCUGGUCCUGUUGCAGGGCCAUCCAGCCGACCGAUGCCCAGCGAAGAAUCUCCCACUGAUGAUAAAGAUAUCGCACUAGCGCUAGCGCUAUCUGAGUCAGAGGCACGUCAGCGGGACGAUGACAUUCUCGCUCAGGAGGAAGCGGAUUUGAUGAAGGCAUUGGAAGAAUCGCGUACCUUUGCCGACAAUUACAGCAGCCUUUCCUGCCUUCUUCUGUUGAAAACGCCCUUCUCAGCCCCCAGAAACAUAAACGAUAUCCAGAAGGCAAAAGCUUUUUGCACAUAAUUACACCUACCACAUCCGAGAGUUCCUACGACGAAGAAAUAUCUAUCCAUCAAUCGGGCAAAGAAAGUCGAGAAUCAGUUCAAUACGUAACUG